UUAUCCAUUCUACCUAAUCAUAAUUGAUUCAAUUUGCUUCUUAUAAUUUUAAGAUCUCUAUUUGUUUGUUUUCAAAAGGUUAAAGAAAAAUGUUGGCAAUAUUCAAGAGUGGUGUUAUUGAUCCACCAAAGGAGUUACAAAGUCCAGCUUCAUUACAAGCAUCAAUUAAAGCUGCAACACCUGAAGAAACUAUGAAGAAUUUCCUAUCUGCAAAUCCAAAUAAUGGUUUUUCUAUUGGAUUUAUGGAUAAAGCAUUUUUGGCCUAUUCUAAUCGUGCUAGUUCAUACAAUACUUUGCAAAGGAUGUUCUGUGGUUUGAAUGACAUAUACUGCAUUUUCUUGGGAAAUUUAAACAACCUAUGUGCUCUAAACAAGCAUUAUGGGCUAUCAAAGAGUGCUAAUGAGGCCAUGCUUGUAAGUGAGGCAUAUCGGACCCUCCGUGAUAGAGGCCCAUACCCGGCCCAUGAAGUCCUCAAGGAUCUUGAAGGUAGCUUUGGAUUUGUGAUAUAUGAUCACAAGGCUGAUGCAGUCUUUGUUGCCCUUGGCGGUGAUGAAAAGGUGAAGCUCUUUUGGGGCAUAGCAUUUGAUGGAUCCGUGAUGAUAUCUGAUAAUGUGGAUCACAUAAAAGCAAGUUGUAUCAAAUCAUUUGCUCCCUUCCCAACCGGGUGCAUGUACCAUAGUGAAACAGGAUUGAAGAGCUAUGAGCAUCCUAGUUACAAGAUGAAAGCAAUGCCAAGAGUUGACAGUGAAGGUUCAAUGUGUGGAGCUUAUUUCAAGGUUGAUGUAUACUCAAAAGUUAAUAGCAUGCCAAGAGUUGGUAGUGCCGCAAAUUGGGCAACUUGGGGCCAGUAGACACUAUUUUGGACCUCAUUAAAAAGAAACAACAACACUAAACAAAGACUUGUUAUCUUUGUCAAUUAUUGCUGUCUUUUCUGAUUAUCUCCAUUGUAUUUCAAUCAUUUCAUCUUCCAAAAGGCACUCAACCUUGUGAAUUGUCUUUGAGAUUCCUAGAUUGUAAGAUACUUGUUUUUUUUCUUUUGUCUUUUUGGUUUUCUUAUUUAUUUAGUUCUGUUUGAGUAGGAAAAAGUGAUGUGCAAAUUUUCCUCUAUGAUUAGGGGGCUUUCAUAUCUUCAUCUCUUGUAUGUAUAAGUUUCAAUAUCAAUAAAAACUUGACAAAAAAUAAA